AUGAACCACUACACAGCUUGCCUCACCAGGCACCCCAAGAUCGUGGCCUCGGUGCUUGUCAUAGGCUGUCCAGUUACUUACCUCCUCUACUUGCACCGCUCGCUCUCCCGUACAACUUCACGCACCUCUAAGCAGGGGCUCCUCACAGAAUCAACAUCCCACAGCAUAUCCUCCAUCCCUUCCUCCGAUCUCACGUCGGAAUACUUCAUGGUCCAUGACAGGGCAUAUAAAUCGAUUCCCGCGUCUCUUUUCCCUGCGCUUGGGCAAGAAGAACUACUUACUACGUAUUUGAGACAUACUUUGAGUCUCUUCUCCAGCCGUUUCCCUCAGGCCUACCUUAUACGUAUGGUCUCUACCCCAGAAGAGAAACGAACGUUUAAGCAUGAUUACAUCCGGGCCCUGGACUUCAAAGAGGGGGACUUGGUGUGUGGUGCCUACCGCGUCGCUGUCCGCACCAAAGGCAAGGUGGAGUUUGAGAUUAAGACCAUGGGCAUUGUGAAAGGUGGACGAAUGGUGAUAAGUAUAGAGGAGAAGGCCGACGAGUGGGAGUGUAGUAGUGAGACGGUUAUGUGGAAGCGUGUUGGAGAGAAGAGUCCUAUGCCUUUGGAGAGGGGUAUUCUAAAGUGGAGCCAUGAGCUUGCUUCUUGGUGGUUGUUGGAUUCUGGGACGAGGUAUUUGAUGGGGUUAAAGAAGCAGUCUUAA